AUGGUGAGGCUACUCUACCUAGGGACAGACAGGAAGCUCCAAAUUGCCAACCAUAGCAAGCAACAAGGCGAAAACGGGCAAGGCUUUCAUUCGAAACUUCCCGGCUUCCAGCGGACGGCAGAUGACGACGGCGACACAAUGAGCUACUACUUUGCCAUUGUCGGCACGCAGGACAACCCUCUGUUCGAGUACGAGUUUGGGACGUCCAAGCAAGGCGGCGAUGGCCAGUCGCGCUUCCCCGACCAGGUGCGGCACCUGAACCAGAUUAUCCUGCACUCAAGCCUGGAUGUUGUCGAGGAGGUGCAGUGGUCACAAGGGCAGAUGUACCUCAAGUGCAUCGACAAGUUCUUCAACAACUACAUUUCCUGCUUCGUCACCGGCGCCGGCGCCAAGUUUCUGCUGCUGCACCAACCGCCUGCCCCCAACCCCUCAGGCUCGUCGCGCUCCUCGACAGCCAUUGGCGCCAAUCCGACGAGCCCCGCGACCGAGGAGGCCAUCCGCAUGUUCUUUACCGAAGUCUACGAGAACUGGGUCAAGGCCAUCAUGAACCCCUUUUACAAGCAGAAUAUGGAGGUGCGCAGCCCCAUCUUUCGAGCGCGUGUGGCGGCCGCCGGACGAAAAUACUUGUGA